UCGCCGUUUGUCGGAGUACGGGUGGGAAAGGAAAUCAACCGCUUGCUGCGGGAGCGGAGAACGGACGAAUCCGUACCUGGACCCUUUCUGCACCGCGCCUCUCCUUCAGCUCCUUCUCCUAACAUCAGGCUGGUAACGUAAAGAGUUUCCGGACAUGAUGAGGGGACGGGUGGUGCUGCGUUUGUGCAGCUGGAUGUGGUUGUUUUUCGCCGCUUUGUCGUGUGGAGUUUGGGCUGACGGCUUGGUGAAUGAGGAUGUGAAGCGGACGGUGGAUCUCAGCACACACCUCGCCAAAAUAUCCAACGAAAUCGUGCUGGGGAAUCACGGAGACUCCGCGGCGCACAGCUUCACCGUGGGCCUGGAGCCCGAGCUUGGCCCGCACCUCGCCUACAUCGGAGCCACAGCGAAAGGUGAAGAGGAUGAAGAUGAAGCUUUGGAAUUGAAGGAGACGUCUGUUAAAGGACAAAGCGGGACGUUCUUCCAGGUGCAGCUGCCCUCCGCCUUGUCACCUGGUGCCAAGCUGCGCAUCAAGUUGGAGAUAGUGUACAGCCACUUGCUCACACCGUUCCCCACUCACAUCACUCAGGCCGAGAGGCAGCUGGUGGUUUUCCAGGGCAAUCACUACUUGUAUUCGCCCUACCCGACCCGUACCCAGACCACUCGUGUGCGCCUCGCCUCCAAAACCAUCGAGAGCUACACCAAACUGGGCAACCCGAGCAAAGCCGAUGAGGUGAUCGAGUAUGGCCCGUUCAAGGACGUCCCUGCGUACAGUCAGGACACCAUGAAGAUCCACUUUGAGAAUAAUUCCCCAUUCCUCACCAUCAGCAGCAUCACACGCACCAUCGAGGUUUCUCACUGGGGCAACAUCGCCGUGGAGGAAACAAUCGACCUGAGACACACAGGGGCAUAUCUGAAGGGGCCGUUCUCCCGCUACGACUACCAGAGGCAGUCUGACAGUGGCAUAUCCUCCAUCAAAUCCUUCAAGACGAUCCUUCCUGCUUCUGCUCAAGACGUGUAUUACCGAGACGAGAUCGGGAACAUCUCCACCUCUCACCUGCAGGUUCUAGAAGACUCGGUCGAGGUUGAAGUGCGCCCCCGCUUCCCCCUGUUCGGAGGUUGGAAGACGCACUACAUCAUCGGCUACAACCUUCCCAGCUACGAAUAUCUCUACACCUUGGGUGAUCAGUACGCUCUGAAAAUGCGCCUGGUUGAUCACGUGUACGACGAUCAGGUUAUCGACCUUCUCACUGUCAAACUGAUUCUCCCAGAGGGAGCAAGGAAUGUUCAUUUGGAAACUCCAUACCCCAUCGAACGAAGCUCCGACCAGCUGCACUACACCUACCUGGACACCUUUGGCAGGCCUGUUCUGGUGGCCACCAAGAAGAACCUGGUGGAGCAGCACAUUCAGGACAUGGUGGUUCACUACACCUUCAAUAAAAUCCUAAUGCUGCAGGAGCCAUUGCUGGUGGUCGGUGCAUUUUAUAUCUUAUUCUUCACGGUCAUCCUUUACGUUCGCCUCGACUUCUCCAUCACCAAGGACCCUGCAGCAGAGGUGCGCAUGAAGGUGGCAUCCAUCACGGAGCAGGUCCUGACUCUGGUCAAUAAGAGGCUUGGUCUGUACAGACACAUGGACGAGGUUGUGAACCGCUACAAGCAGACACGUGACACGGGUGCUCUCAAUGGGGGCCGUAAGAACUUGGAGGCUGAGCACCGCACCCUCACUAACGACAUCACGGGUCUGCAGGCUCGCCUUAAAGCUGAAGGAUCUGACCUUGCUGAGAAGGUGGGAGAGAUCCAGAAGCUGGACGGCCAGGUGAAGGACCUGGUAUUGCAGUCCUGUCAGGAAUCCGAGCGCCUCGUCACCGGGAAGGUGAAAAAGGAGGCGUACAUUGCGUCAGAGAAAUCGCUGACCGCCAGGAGACAGGAGCUGAUCUCGCGCAUCGACGGCCUCCUCGAUGCUCUUUAAUCCACGCACCACACACAAAAAAACCGUUCCGUGCUGAAACACACACAAAACCUCUCGUACACGCCUUUUUUUUUUUUUUGUGCACUACGUAAGUGUGUCUUGUCUUUUUCAUCCUGUAGGUUGUGUGAGAGGGGUGUGUACAUACACAUUUACUCAUCCCUCAAGAUUUCUUUUUGUUUUUUGUUUUUCUGAUCACCAGGGAAAUGUCUCAAGUCAUGCCUCACGUUACAUGCAUUUUCAUUUCCUUUUGUUUUUUUUUUAAAAGAGGACAACAAAUUCAAAUGUUUCCUCUCCAACUUUAUCUGCUGAAACAUUUCUUUCCUUCUGUGUAUUUGGCACUUAAUUACUAAUCUUUUUUUUUUUUUUUUUGCUCUGCCCUGAAACAAAUGCAAAAAUACCGAAGCUCUGAACAUGGUGGAUGGCACGUGAAAUUUUCUCCCACGUAUUUUUUAUUUUUUGGUUUCUUUCUUCCAGGUUUUUUUGUAUAAUUUUCGUUUUUUUGUAAACGAUUUGCUUUCAUACCAUAAAUUUAGUGGACAAACACCAGAUGUGUGUGUUGGGGGAAGAAGAAAAUGUUGAAAGUUCAAGAUUUGGAAAAUAAAAAUAAACAGGUUGUUAUAAAAAAAAAAAAA